AACGCCACUUAUGACAAAAGCCCAAUGCCAUGACAGGUUGAUGUAAACACGGAAGUGUGAAGAGCAAUUGAAAACAAAACAGAAACGGUUCCUCGCAUUGAAAUGGAGCAGAGACACAAAAAGAUUCUUCGACGCAACAGGGUCAAUCUGGUGACAAAAAUGGACCCAACUGAGAUGUAUGACAGACUUAUUGAAAAAGGAGUCUUCACUAAGUGUAUGAUCGAUGAAAUAAAGCAAGCGGAAACCAGGCGUGACCGAGCCAGAGAAUUAGUUCGGGACUUGGAAACCAGAGGAAACUUGGCCUUUCCGUUGUUUCUUGAGUGUCUGGUGGAGACCGGGCAUCACAGUUUGGCAGAACUUCUGCAAAAUGGAGCCCCGACAGUCGUUUUACAGCCUCCAACUCCUGUUGAAACUGCACGUCCGGCACUUCGACCGCUUCCCGUGUCCAACCCAAUGGACAUCCCGAAGCAAAAUAUUGAUGCUCCCUUGAUUUAUCCAGUGAAAAUGGAAGAUCCUUUCCCCAGUUCAUCACCCGAGAAUGAGGCUAUAAAAGCGAUGAGACAACCAGGCAGGGUGCGCAGGGACAGCAUUCAAACCUACAAAAUGGAUGCCAAUCCAUGUGGCCACUGCCUCAUCAUAAAUAACGUGGAGUUUGAUGCCCAAAGUGGUCUGAGUAAUCGUAAAGGGUCAAAUAUUGACUGUGAUAAAUUGGAAAGCAGAUUCCAAGCACUAAAAUUCAUUGUGGAAGUCAAGUCAAACUUGACUCAAAGAAGAAUCAAACAUGAACUGUCGGCACUUCGCAACAAGGAUCAUUCAGCGUACGACUGCUGUGUUGUGAUCAUCUUGUCACAUGGAAAUGAAGUGAGCCACAAUCGCUUCCCUGGGGCUGUGUUUGGGGUCGAUGGGCAGCAGGUUCCAGUUCAGCACAUCACAAACUACCUCAACGGCCAGCAUUGUCCAUCUCUUCAGGGAAAACCCAAGCUGUUCUUCAUCCAAGCUUGUGGAGGAGGUGAAAAAGACACAGGUUUUGAGAUUUCCCCUGAUGAGACGGGGCCAUCCUCAUUCGGAGCGGACGAUGAAAUGGAUGCUAUUCCUCUGUCCUCCAGCAGCGACUCUCUGAGCAUGUCGGAUGAGCCAGAUGCCCGUGCCACAUUGCCAACGCCCAGCGACAUUUUGGUGUCUUACUCCACAUUUCCUGGUUACGUGUCAUGGAGAGACACCCAGUCAGGCUCCUGGUACGUGGAGAUACUCGAUCGAAUUCUGGAGGAAAAUGCUUCUACAGACGACUUGGUGACAAUGUUGAUGAUGGUGAAUAAUGAGGUGUCCCAAAACUCAGCCAAAGGUCUUUACAAGCAGAUGCCGGGCUCUUUCAACUUUCUCCGCAAGCUUCUUUACUUUCAAACCUAACAGUCGACACACUUGACCCGGGUGAACUGCGUGGGCUGAUGACCUUUAUGAGCUCUGUUCUCACCUUUAUAGGUGUUUUGUAAUGUAAUGAGAAGACAGAAACCACAACUGCCUGUGUUGUCUGAUUUUGUCCCGGUUCUUCCAGGUUGAUAUCAUUGAUUCUAUAAACCUAAUGCUACGGCUAUUUAAACUGAAAAUGAUCCUAUUCAGAUCAAAUAUUAGCUUUGAAGAGAAAAGCUGUGUGAUGAGCAGUAGCUCUACUAUGUGUUCCACCAAUGACUGAGCUCCCUGUCUACAUUUUAAAGCAUUUCAUGUUUUUAUCUUGCUUUGUGGUCACUUGUAAUAAAUACCACUUUUUAAUUCUUGGAUGUAUGCGUUGAUGGUUCAAAAUUCCCCGUCAAAAAUAGUGAGAAUAAACCCACAAUAUUUCUCUGUUGGGCUUGUUGUAACACUAAAAUUGCUUUAUUUAAGACACAUUAA